CGCCCCGCCGUGCGCUCCCCGCCGCCGCCCGCCCCGCGCCGCGCCCCGCGCCCCGCGCCCCUGCCCGCCGCGGCAAGAACGAUGGAGAGUCUCUCUGUCGGCCGGGUCCCCGCGCUGCUGCUGUGCCUGGGUUUCCAUCUUCUACAAGCAGUUCUCAGUACAACUGUAAUUCCGUCAUGUAUCCCAGGAGAAUCUGACAGUAACUGCACAGCUUUAGUUCAGACAGAAGACAAUCCACGUGUGGCACAAGUGUCAAUAACAAAGUGUGGUUCUGACAUGAAUGGCUACUGUUUGCACGGACAGUGCAUUUACCUGGUGGACAUGAGUGAAAAUUACUGCCGGUGUGAAGUGGGUUAUACUGGUGUCCGAUGUGAACACUUCUUUUUAACUGUUCACCAACCCUUGAGUAAAGAAUAUGUGGCCUUGACUGUGAUUCUUAUUAUCUUGUUUCUUAUCAUAGUUGCUGGCUCCACAUACUAUUUCUGCAGAUGGUACAGAAAUCGAAAAAGUAAAGAACCAAAGAAGGACUAUGAGAAAGUAACCUCAGAGCAUCCAGCGUUACUACAAGUCUGA